UUGCUCUUAUCCAGCAAUUACAUACGCGUUUUAUUCUCUCAAAUAUGGCUACCAGAGGUAUCAACGUGCACCCCGAGGGGUACCAUCCUACCUCGCUCGCCGAAACAACCUUUGACAUCAUCAUUAUUGGGGGCGGACCUGUCGCAAACUUUGCUGAAGGUCGUCUUGCUCAGGCCGGUCUAAGUGUUGCUGUUGUUCAGCACGAACUCUACGGCGGUGAGUGUCAUUUCUUUGGAUGUGUUCCAUCUAAAGCGCUUCUCCGACCCGUGGAAGCCUUUGAAGCCGCGAAAGCGAUCGACGGGGCUCGAGAAGCGAUUGGCAAUAGCAAUAUUAAUGUCGAUGCUGUAUUCAAGCGACGAGACAAGAUUGUUGACUCGUGGGAUGAUCGCAACUGGAUCUCUAUUUCGAACGGCACUAGUGGAGCAACACUUGUACGGGGCUUUGCACGGAUUGCCGGUAUCAAGAAGGUUAGCGUUCAACCACAUGGCGAGACGCAGCGAUAUCUUCUUGAUGCAAGAUUCGCAGUGAUCGUUGCAACAGGGUCUACACACGUUGUGCCUUCAGUCCCAGGCAUUGAGACACUAGAAGAAGGAAAGGAACUGUGGAUCAAUCGCGAUGCCGUCGCUGCAAAUCACGUCCCCGAGCGUCUUAUAAUUCUCGGUGCUGGACCCGUGGGGUCCGAAAUGGCUACCUUCUACUCAGCGGUCGGCUCCAAAGUCACUCUCGUUUCGCCGACUGCUGAAAUUCUUCCCAAGGUUGAGCAAGAGGCGGCAAAGAUUGUGCGUAAAAGCCUAGAGUCGCACGGCGUCCAAGUGAAGCUCUCCACUCGCGUCUCCAAGAUUGAGAAGCAGAGGACAAAUUCGUUCAAGGUUACUCUCUCAGAUGGGAACUCGAUUCCAGGGUCCGUCCUUUUGAAUGCAACAGGACGAAAACCACGGACCUAUGACUUCGGACUCGAUACCAUCGGGUUGACUGGAGAAGGGGAGCCGCUGCAGACGAAUAAAUCUCUGGCUGUUCCUAUGCCUGGCGAAACUGAGCCCUGGCUCUAUGCCGUCGGGGAUGUCAACGGUCUUAGUCCAACGACUCAUAUGGGCGUCUAUCAGGCCCGUAUUGCCAGCAACGCUAUUCUGUCCUCUCUGCGUGAUAGGAAUCUAUCUGUCGAGAUCAAGACUCCUAUUGGAGUAACAGUUACAGAAGCAGUACGCCCUGGGAAUACAUUUCCACAAGUUAUAUUCACGGAGCCAAAUAUAGGCACUGUUGGUCACACCCUUGCUUCGGCUACAACUGCUGGCCUAAAGGUGAGAGUCGCAGACAGCGACUUCUCUAUCCCUGGGGCAUGGCUAUAUGGUGAUAAUCAGCCUGGUUGGGCUCGAUGGGUCAUUGAAGAGACGAGUAAUAGGUUAGUCGGUGCGACAUUCUGUUGCAUUGAAGGGUCUGAGUUUAUCAAUGCGAGUCAGGUUGCUGUUGCCCAAGGCUUAUCUUUGGCUGACAUGGUUCAUGUCGUUCCUCCGUUCCCUACACGGGGUGAGAUCUGGUCGUACUUGCUGAAUGCGGCUGGAUUCUAGAAUGAACAUAGGAUAAUUUAUAGCUCAAUCAUGAACCCUUUUCAUAA